AUGACGGCACCGCUUCCUAUUCCCGACGGUCAAGAACUGGAUCGUUAUUCGAUACAUUCGCUUGAUACCGAUAUCGAGCGGGAAGCUGGAGAUGUGAGAGCAACUGAAGAUAGGAAGGAGUAUGAGAUGGGAAGUGGAAAGGGGAAAGGGGUGCUAGAUGGGGUGGUGACGAGGACGAGUACGAAGGCGAGUUGGAAGGAUCCUGGACCUCCUCCUGAUGGGGGGAUGGGUGCUUGGUUACAGGUACUCUAUGGUCAUCUAGUUAUAAUGAACACCUGGGGCUUCAUAAACUCCUUCGGCGUCUUCCAAACCUACUACGUCUCCUCCCUCAACCGCGCCCCCUCCGACAUAUCCUGGAUCGGCUCCGUUCAAAUCUUCUGUCUCUUCUUCGUCGGCACCUUCUCCGGUCGUCUCACCGACGCAGGCUACUUCCGCCCAAUCUUCAUCGGCGGUUCCAUCCUUGGCGUCAUCGGCCUCUUCAUGACAUCGCUCUCCAAAACUUACCUCCAGAUCUUCCUCGCGCAGGGCGUAUGCUGCGGGUUGGGCAAUGGUUGUAUCUUCUGUCCGAGUGUGGCGCUUAUUUCGACGUAUUUUAGCAAGAAGAAGAGUCUUGCGAUUGGGAUUUGCGCGGCGGGGAGCGCGACGGGUGGGAUUGUGUUUCCGUUGAUGGUGCAGCAACUACUUCCCAAGAUUGGAUUUGCUUGGACGAUCCGGUCACUUGCGUUUAUUCAGUUGGGGUCGUUGGCUGUUUGCUGUGUUGGGAUCAAACCGAGGGUACCGCCUAGGAGAACGGGUGCUAUUAUCGAUAUUGCGAGUUUCAAGGACGUUCCGUAUAUUCUGUUUGCGAUUGCCAUGUUCUUCACAUUUCUGGGAACCUAUAUCGCAUUCUACUACGUCGGAUCAUUCGCCCGCUCCAUCAUAGGUCUCCCCUACGCAGAAUCCAUCAACCUCCUCGUCUGCAUGAACGCAGUCGGAGUAAUCGGUCGAGUCCUCCCCAGCUACCUAGCAGACCGCUACUUCGGCCCCCUCAACACCGUCAUCCCCGCCGUGAUCAUCUCCUCGCUCCUCGCCUUCUGCUGGAUCGCCGUCGACUCCCGCGCCGGUCUCUACAUCUGGGCCGUCUUCUACGGCAUCUCGAGCGCGUGCAUCCAAGGCAUGUUUCCGGCCGCUCUCAGCACGUUUACGACGGAUCUGAGUAAAGCGGGGACGAGACUCGGUCAGGUGUUUACGGUGCAACUUAAAGCUGGUCUGGCCAAUCUCAAUAAACUCCCCCUAGUUGACUCUUUCUAG